AUGCCCCAGCUCGGCGGCGGCGGCGGCGGCGGCGGCGCUGGGGGCGGCGGCGGCGGGGGAGGUGGCGGCUCCGGAGCCGGGACGAGCAGCGGCGGGGACGACCUCGGGGCGAACGACGAGCUGAUCCCUUUCCAGGACGAAGGGGGCGAGGAGCAGGAGCCGAGCAGCGACAGCGCCUCGGCUCAGCGGGACCUGGACGAGGUCAAGUCGUCCCUGGUCAACGAGUCGGAGAACCAGAGCAGCAGCUCCGACUCGGAGGCGGAGAGGCGUCCGCAGCCCGCCCGGGACGCUUUCCCGAAGCCGCGGGACUAUUUUGCCGAAGUGAGAAGGCCCCAGGAAGGCGCGUUCUUUAAGGGUCCCGCGUACCCCGGGUACCCAUUCCUGAUGAUCCCAGAUCUGAGCAGCCCGUACCUCUCCAACGGACCCCUGUCUCCUGGAGGAGCGCGCACCUACCUGCAGAUGAAAUGGCCUCUCCUUGAUGUCCCCUCCAGUGCCACAGUCAAGGACACAAGGUCACCAUCUCCAGCACACUUGUCCAACAAAGUUCCUGUUGUCCAGCACCCACAUCACAUGCACCCACUGACACCCCUCAUCACCUACAGCAACGACCAUUUCUCCCCUGGCUCCCCUCCCACACACCUCUCCCCGGAGAUCGAUCCAAAGACAGGAAUCCCCCGGCCCCCUCACCCAUCUGAGCUGUCACCAUAUUACCCACUCUCUCCUGGAGCUGUCGGACAAAUCCCCCAUCCCCUUGGCUGGCUCGUCCCACAGCAAGGACAGCCUAUGUACUCCCUUCCUCCUGGUGGCUUCCGGCACCCGUACCCCGCUCUCGCCAUGAAUGCCUCAAUGUCCAGUCUGGUCUCCAGUCGCUUCUCCCCACACAUGGUGGCUCCUGCACAUCCUGGCCUGCCCACCUCAGGGAUCCCCCACCCCGCCAUCGUCUCCCCCAUUGUGAAGCAGGAGCCAGCGCCCCCCAGCCUGAGCCCAGCAGUGAGCGCGAAAUCCCCAGUCACCGUGAAGAAGGAGGAGGAGAAGAAACCGCACGUGAAGAAGCCUCUGAACGCCUUCAUGUUGUAUAUGAAGGAGAUGAGGGCCAAGGUGGUGGCCGAGUGCACUCUGAAGGAGAGCGCAGCCAUCAACCAGAUCCUGGGAAGAAAGUGGCAUAACCUGUCUCGGGAGGAGCAGGCCAAGUACUACGAGCUGGCCCGGAAGGAGCGGCAGCUUCACUCCCAGCUCUACCCGACCUGGUCGGCCCGGGACAACUACGGUAAGAAAAAGAAGAGGAAGAGGGAGAAGCAGCUGUCACAGGCACAGUCACAGCAGCAAAUUCAAGAGGCAGAAGGUGCUCUGGCCUCCAAGAGCAAGAAGCCAUGUAUUCAGUACCUGCCCCCUGAGAAGCCCUGCGACAGUCCUGCCUCCUCCCACAGCAGCACUCUGGACUCCCCCGCCACCCCCUCCACAGCCUUGGCGUCACCAGCUGCCCCUGCUGCCACCCACUCGGAGCAAGCCCAGCCACUCUCCCUCACCACCAAACCAGAGACCCGGGCCCAGCUGGCUCUCCACUCAGCUGCCUUCCUGUCAGCUAAGGCCGCAGCAAGCUCCUCCAGCCAGAUGGGCAGCCAGCCCCCACUCCUGUCCAGGCCCCUCCCCUUGGGGACCAUGCCCGCCGCUCUGCUGACCUCUCCCCCUUCCUUCCCAGCCACUCUCCACGCCCACCAGGCCCUCCCCAUGCUACAGGCCCAGCCUCUGUCCUUGGUCACCAAGUCUGCCCACUAAGCUGCCCCUUUGAUCUCUGCAGACUGUCAUGUGACUCCAAGUAGUAAUGAUUCAGAAGAGACAAAAAAAAAAAAAAAAAGGAAACUUUAUUGGUCAAUAUUUGACCACUCUGGACUGUUCUGUAAAGUGACUGAUAACAGCAGUGCUUUACAUUUGUAGAUGUAACCAAUAGCUGAUCUUAAGGCUUUUUAAAAAAAAAAAAAAAAAAACACAAAACAAAAAAAAAAUUCUUUACAAGAAAGAGAACUGAAAUCGUAGUAUGUUACUCUCCCUGUGUGUUGUGGUGGGUGUGCCUGGGCAGAAGACACCUCUCUACCUCUCUCUCUCCCUCCCCCCCCCCUCUCUCUCUCUUUCUCACUUUCUGCCCUCCUCUUUGUCCCCAUCAGCCUCCCCCCCGCCCCACCUGCCUCAGCUUCCCCAACGCUGUCUACAAGGCCACCAAGGCUAGAGUUCUAGCCCGGCACCUUUUCCUCCGCAUCCAUUCCUGCUCCUUAGCCCAGGUUCUCAUCAAGUGCUCAACACCAUGGGUUCUCGCCCUUUUGUCCUCUGCCCGCUGUGAGGUCGAGGUCAUGUGCAGACAUCUCGGCCUGAUCAGUGCCCACCAGCACCCCUCUCCCUCCUAGGGCCCGGCCCGCCAGCCUUCAUCUUGCAGGGGAAACAGAGCUCCUAUGAAAUGGUCCCCUCCACCCCUGCAUUUAAAGGGACUCAAGGUGCCUGCCACUUUCUCAGCAAAGAAAUUGGUGUUCCUCUCACCUGCCCAGUUGAGCUCUCCCCCUCAAGGCCCCAGAGUGGCUCCCACAGUCUGGUCCUGACUCCUGGGUCUGUGUUAGCACAAUCUGCCAAAGUUCUAAGACCCUCUGUCCCCUGCCCCCAUCACCUCACAUGCUUCGUCCGUGUGUAUUUCAUUUUGUUUUUAUGGGUUUUGGAGCAAUUUAAACUCCCAGUUGUUUAUUUUCACAAAAGAAAAUAAAAUUGCAGAUGCAAGACCUUUUCUGAGUA